UGGCAACAUUUUUGUGAAACGUCAAAUCAAAUGAAAAAGUCAUUUUUCUUGCGAAUUACGGAUUAUUUUUCAUAGGAUUAAGUUCAUUUUAUCGUGAUUAAUAUUACAUAGAAUCGACAAUAUCUAGUCAAUUAACUGCCGGGACAACAAUCACAACUUUUGGGACGCAUAUACAUGAACUAGGCCUUCCGAUGAUGUCUCUAAAGCCAAGAAACGUGGACUUCCAGGAGACGUGGGCCAACCUCAAAGAAACGGUGGCAGGCGUAGUGGGAUUGCGAGCAGUCGAGCGAGCCGUAUGGAACACUCGCUUCUCGGAUGUCUACGCGCUGUGCGUCGCACAUCCCGAGCCGCUGGCCGACCGCCUGUACGACGAGACCAAGAAUUUUCUAGAGGAGCAUGUAGCGGGUCUCUUACAACGCGUGCGAGGGAAUGCGCCGCUGGACUCUACUGACCACACCGAUGGACUGCUCGACAGAUACGUGGAGGCGUGGGGCGAGUACAGCCAGGGCGUGGCGUACCUCAACAGCCUCUAUUCGUACCUCAACCUGCAGCACGUCAAGCGGCAGAAGGUAUCAGAUGCGGAGAUAAUAUACGGCUCGGCAGCCACGGUCAGCUGCCCGGAGCACGACUCAAGGCAGCUCGAGGUGGGCGAAUUGGGCCUAGUGACGUGGGAGCGCGUGCUGGUCCAGCCUCUACGCGGCGCGCUGACGUCACGCAUCGUGUCGGCACUCAAUGACGCGCGUGAACGUACGCCCGACCCGCGACACGCUGACGUAUUGCGACAGGCGAUACUGUCUACCGUACACGUGCAAUCCUUCCGCCUGCGUGCACCUCUAGCCCUUUACCAAGCUCUAGUACUAGAGCCGUACUUGGCCGCCGCGGGCGCACAGCACGCGCGCGCCGCCGCCGAGCUACUACACGACCACGACAUCUCGCACUACAUGCAGCGCGUGCUUGAAGGUCUGGAGCGCGAAGUGGAGUUAGGCAGCCGCUUCCUGCACUCGUCGUCGGCCGAAGCAGUGCGCGGCUGCUACGAGCGCUGUGCGGUCGCCGCGCACUUACCGGCUUUACAUGCUCACACCGAACGGCUGCUGAGGGAGGCCUGCCAGGACGCGCCCACACGCGCACAGAGAUGCCUCGACCUCAAGCGUAUGUACGCACUCAUCCGUCCGCUCGGCGCCAACGCGUUAAGGCCGCUCGUGGACGCGGCGCUGGCUCAAGUCACGCGCGACGGACACGCGUUACUGGAAGCCAGUCAUAAUAAAGAUGAGGCACACACGCACUUCGUGAACGCGAUGCUGGAGCUACACGGCAGAUACAGCUCGCUAUUCGCAGACGUGUUCGGUGGAGCACAAGCCUUCGUCGGUGCUUUAGAUAAGGCGUGCAGCGCAGUGGUGAACGCUCGCUCGGGCCCGGAGCAAGCGGCGCGCGCUCCCGAGCUGCUGGCGCGGUACUGCGACUGCCUGCUGCGGCGCCGCGGAGCCGACGACGCCGACGACCGGCUGGCAGCCGCCAUUGUGGUGUUCAAGUACGUCGAUGAUAAGGAUGUCUUCCAAAAAUACUACGCGCGAGCUCUGGCCAGAAGGCUCAUACACCAGCUGUCGGCGUCUAUGGAACAGGAGGAGGCCAUGAUCAACCGUCUGAAGGCUGCGUGCGGUUACGAGUUCACAAACAAGCUUCACCGCAUGUUCACCGACGUCGCGGUUUCAGCAGACUUGAAUGCCAAGUUCCAGCAGCAUCUUAGAGACCACAACCUUUCUACAAACACCGGCUUCUUCAUACAGGUACUGCAAGCCGGCGCAUGGCCGUUAGGCGGUGCUAUGGCGCCGCUAGCGCCGCCGGCUCAACUGGAGAAACCGGCGAGACUCUUCGAAGCCUUCUACAGAGCCUCCUUCAGCGGCCGCCGCCUCGCCUGGCUACACCACCUGUGCACUGGUGAACUGAGGACACGAUACACGCAAAGAGUGUACCAUGUCAGCGCUACUACGCCACAGUGCGCGCUAUUACUCUCCUUCGAAACAGCAGACACGUUAUCCGCUCGUGAACUACGCGAGUCCCUACAAUUAGAAGGCGAGGCGUGGGCCAGACACGUGAGGCCUGUAUUAGAUGCUGGCCUGCUGACGUCAUCAGGGGAUAUCGAAGCUGAUGAUGAAUCUGCUACCCUCAGUCUAAAUUUGAAUUUCUCGUGCAAAAGGACGAAAGUCAGGCUGACAGCUGCCAAUGCGCCUAAUCAUCAAGGCGGUCUGCCGGCGGCGACUGGCGCGGCCGAAGCGACGGAAGCGGCGCACUGCGACGACGACCGCAAGAUGUAUCUACAAGCUGCCCUCGUGCGCAUCAUGAAGCAGAGGAAGGUCCUCCGACACACAGAACUGAUCCAAGAAGUGGUUUCCCAAGCGCGCGGGUCGUUCGCGCCAUCUGUCGGCAUGAUCAAGAAGUGCAUCGAGGCGCUCAUCGACAAGCAGUACCUCGAGCGGGCGCCUGGAGCGCUGGACACGUACUCGUACCUCGCGUGAGUGGAGUCGCUUAUGGCCAGUGCUGUGAGCGUGGCCAUGACCAUGACCAUGACCAGUUGGCGUGGGUGUGGCCACGCUUAGUCUUUCUUUGGGUGAGUGUGAGCACAUAUUAUGAUCUAUGUGCUGUGAGGGUGGCCAUGACCAUGACCAACUGGCGUGGAUGUGGCCACGCUUACUCGUACCUCGCGUGAGUGCAUAUGAUCUGUGCUGUGAGGGUGGCCAUGAUCAUGACCAGCUGACGUGGGUGUGGCCAAACACACUGUCUAGAACUCCCACUUUGCCUUAGCGUAAGUGUGACAUCCUCUUAAUGUUGAUACGCCCUCAUAGCGCUGACUCUAGUUUGGUCAUUCCCACAAUAGGGAUGUUUCCUGGGUAAAAAAGCAAGUUUUAAUUAGACCGUCAGUUAACUUAUCAAAAAAUACUGGACACGUAUUUUUCACUUUUUUAGACUAAUGAAAAAAAAGCCCGGCAAAGUUCAAUAGAAAUCAAAUCAAAUAAAUUUAUAUGCAGAAGAGACCAGUGACGUCAAUGAGUGCUUAAAAGAGCAGCACUUUGUGACGUCGCGCGGAACUUCACCGCACCAUGACUUUUUAAUUAUUUGUUUGAUUGACAAUUAACGUGUCCAAUAUUUUUUAUAUUAAAAUUGUCGGACUAAAAAAAUAUUUUAGGAAACUAGCCUAAACCAUCUUACUGUUACAUCAUCUAUCUGUUACGUUCGUGACCUUGUCGAAAGCGCCACUUUAUAUCAAAGUGGGCGUGGCCACUCACGCCAGCUAGUUGUGGGCAUGACCUUUAUGACCUCACCUGUGCAUAUAAGGGCAUAGCUUCCCUUAGAAAGACACAUACUUAC